UCGAUGAUCAAUGUUUUUUGACAGCUAAAACAUGUCAUAGUAAGGGUUUUUAGGUAGAGAAUUUUUGGAUUUUUUAAUUUUAAAUCAUUAUAAUAUUUGAUUGGAAUUCUAUGAUUACAUCAAACACUAGUCAUCACCAAAAAGGAACCAAAACAAGAACUAUACCUGUGUUACACAAGUUGCUGAAAUUUCAACAAUGAACUCCGCACAUCCUAUUCGAAAUCUCGUACCAAAAAAGACUUCUAUUACCGAGGAUUAUGACAUUACCAAGCAAGUUUUGGGCUUGGGAAUUAACGGGAAAGUCGUCGAAUGUUUCUCAAAGAAAACCAGAGAAAAGUUUGCUUUGAAGAUUCUUGUUGAAAGUGAAAAAGCCAAACGGGAAGUAAAUUUGCAUUGGAGAGCCAGUGGUUGUCGUCAUAUUGUUAAUAUUAUUGAUGUUUAUGAAAACAAAUACCACAACAACACCUGCCUAUUAGUUGUUAUGGAGUGCAUGGAAGGUGGUGAAUUGUUUCAAAGAAUCCAGGAAAAGCCUGAGGGAGCCUUCACAGAAAGAGAAGCAGCACAAGUAAUGCACGAAAUUUGCGUGGCAGUGAAAUAUUUACACGACAUAGAUAUUGCCCACAGGGACUUAAAACCAGAGAACUUGUUGUAUUCAAAACCAGGUACUUAUGGCGUACUUAAAUUGACAGAUUUUGGCUUCGCCAAAGAAACUAUUAACAAAGAUACUUUGCAAACUCCGUGCUACACCCCCUAUUACGUUGCCCCUGAAGUUCUGGGACCUGAAAAGUAUGACAAAAGCUGUGAUAUUUGGUCACUAGGUGUUAUAAUGUAUAUUUUGUUGUGUGGAUUUCCUCCAUUUUACAGUAAUCACGGCCUGGCCAUAUCGCCAGGCAUGAAAAAAAGAAUCAGGACAGGUCAAUUCACGUUUCCGCUUCCCGAAUGGCAGAAUGUGAGCCAAGACGCAAAAGACCUGAUCACUGGAAUGUUAAAUAUCGACCCCGGAAAGAGAUUAACAAUAGAACAAGUGAUGAGCAACAGGUGGAUCGCCCAAUACACUGCCGUCCCUCAGACGCCCUUGCACACGAACAAGAUGCUGAAAGAGGGUGAAGAAAUGUGGCCCGAGGUGCAAGAAGAAAUGACGAGAUCUUUGGCAACGAUGCGCGUGGAUUAUGACCAGAUUCAAAUGAAGCCCCUUGAGAAAUCCAACAAUUCUUUGCUAAACAAGCGCCGUAAAAAAACGUCAAGCCCCAAGAAGGUUUAGUAAAUGAAACAGUCAAUUUUUAAGUUUUAGUUGAGCAGUGACUUAAAACAAAACAGAUCCUAUUAAUCGAAAACUGAAGUUAGGCAAUAGUACGUAGAAGAUUAUUUUUAUUAUCCAAUCCUUAUUAAAUUUUAAUCUUUCCCAACAAUAGAAUUAUUUCUAAAUUCUUUUUUAACAUAACUAAUUAUAAAAAUAGAGUCAAUUUAUUAAAUAUU